CUUCUCCUCGUCCUGCUGCCGACCAGAGGGGAGUGGAGCCGACAGAGGCAGGUAGCAGCAGCCCAGGCUUGGUGGGCGCAUUCGUCGCAUUCCUCCACCAUGCCCGGCCGGGGCAAGAGGCGACGGGUGGAUGCUGUCUAAUGGGAUUCAACCCAUUAGACACCGGUAGCUCCAUUUAACUCCGCAUGUCAAAGUUUGCAUUUUCAUGACGCAGCAACAGUGGGGAUGGAUUAAGGGCAACGUCAGGAUGCCUUGAGCUUUCCAUCCCGUGCCAUUUACUGGUUUAAAAAAAAUCCACAUUAUAUUUAGAGUGAAUGCGCGGAAUAAUUAGAGCAAACACAUAAAACAUGGGAGACUUGGAGUGUGGCUUUGAGGAGAUGCAAGGAGUGAGACUCGGAUACCUGCUCAUCAAAGGCAAGCAAAUGUUUGCUUUGUCUCAGGUCUUCACCGACCUGCUGAAGAACAUCCCUCGGACCACCGUACACAAGCGCAUGGACUACCUGAAGGUAAAGAAGCACCACUGCGACCUGGAGGAGCUGCGGAAGCUCAAGGCAAUAAACUCCAUAGCUUUCCACGCCGCUAAAUGCACGCUCAUAUCUCGGGAGGACGUGGAGGCUCUGUAUUUCUCCUGCAAAACGGAGCGGGUGUUGAAGUCCAACAAAAGGAAAGCGAAAGCGGCGUGCUCCCCCGGAGACGGGGACGCGUCCUCGGGGCUCCUGUGCGCUGAUCCCGAGCUGUGGAAGGAAAAAGUUUGGUUUAGUUUGCACGGCGUCCCGGAGACUCUCGCGCUCCACAGCAAAACGGGCAGAAGGAGGGAGCUGCCUCCGCGCCUUACCGACUCCAAACUACCUCAAUUUUACCACGAGACCCACGAACGGGAUUACCGUUCGGCGACUAAAUCCAGCCACAAACGCUUGAAAAACUAUGAAACUGCUAAAAUAACAGGGAACUGCGUUGCACUGAACCAGCGGCACUCCCUUUUCAGGAGCGCGGUGAGCCGGCAGUCGGUGGUGCUUCAGUCCGCCAUAGCUGCUCAGUCCAGGCUCUCUCGCCCUGGCGGCGACCUACUUCACAAAAGGAAGAGGAGGCGAGAGGGGGGCGGCGGCAGAGACGGCGCGAGGCACUCGUGGAGCAGGAGCAGACACGCGCACCACCACGCACCCCCGGUGCUGCUCGUGCAGCCCAAAUCGCUCGGCAGUCACGGGACGUCGUUCGGCGCCUUCCACCUCGGUCCGGAUUUCUACCUGGACCCCAGACCGUAUCAUCAUCACCACCAGCAACACCAUCACCACCACCUCGAGCAGAGUUUCACCGAAGGUUACAGCAGCGACACCGAGUCCAGCACCAACUCGGAGCGGGUGUACCCGGACUCGGACUUCGGCUCCGGCUUCUCCACCACCAGCAAUUCGGGGAGCUCGGAGGAGGAGGAGGAGGAGGAAGGCAAGGAUGAAGAUGAUACGCAAUCAGAGAGUUCAGAGGUCAGCUCAGAAGAAGAGGAAAGCUCCUCUCAGUCCGACUCCAGCUCCAUUUCGAGCCGUGUUUCGGUCCAGAGCAUCCGGUUCAGACGGGCCCGGGUCGGUCUCGGUACUAGUAAAGCACCUUUGGUCCUACAGCCCACGUUUCAUUAUAACAACCAGCAGCAACAAGACAAACAACAGAGGACACUGUGCCAUGUUGCUGCUUCACAGACAGGAGACAUUGGGCUGGACACACGUCAGCAAUGUGAAUUUAUAUGCAAUGAAACUAGAAAUGACUCGGGACCCUCGCAACCACCAAACUUUAAUUCAUCUGACGUGGGGGCGAGAUUUUUCCCCGACUCCAAACGGGAGAAGCCGCCCGGGACCGGUCUAAACGGGGCUGACGCUGCGGAUGAACCUGCCUCGUAUUCGCUGGGAGUCACCCGGAGCAGGGCGCCUCACCCCUCACGCAGAGCACCGGCGCAUCCCAUCAAAUGCACGUCCGGGCCGAGCGCGCAGUGCGACCCGGACAAAGACGCCAAGCUCCAAAAAUGCGCCGACAAACGAGAGCCCAAAGCCUGCGGCCCGAAACUGCCCACGCCGCUGAAAAAGAUAAAGACAGAGGCGGAGGAGCCCCCUGUGACCGCUGCGUCCCACCCGGACGGCGGCAGGACGGCCAGGACGCCACCCUUCAGCCUGCACAAUGUGAAAGUUAAAGUGGAGGACAGCUGUGAUGAAUAUGAAUACCAGAGCCAGGCCACUGCCGUUAAAUGCAAGGGAGAUAAAGCGGACAUCAGCAGCAGCCCGUGCUCCAGCGGAUCCAUCAAGCAGGGGGACUUUUUUAACUGCAUCAAAGCCCCAGAGAGGAGCCCCGACUUAGCCCCGACGUCCCCCUGCGGUCCUCAGGAAUGCGGCGGCACCCAGGACACCCCACGCGCCGACGAGGGGGAGCACGUGGGCAGAAGCUGCAGGGCACCGGGGAGCAAAAAGAGUCGCCUUUGCAGGACGCAAACAAAACAAAGUGUGCCCAGGGUCAACAAGACUGCCUCCUCCGCGUCGUCUCGCCUCGCAGCCUGCGACGACGCGUCCGCCGAGGAUUUACCGAGCAGACGCAAACGCAGCAACGUAGCAUCGCCCGCAAAAAUGCCUUUCAGCCUGAUGGCAAAUUUCCCGUCGCCGCCGUCCCUGGUUGUUGGCAGCGACGGGGACUUGUGCCCCGCGUACUCCCUGAACUCGCUGAGGGGCCCCGGACCUCCCCCUCCGUCUCACCCCGUGUGGAGGUGGCAGCCAGGCGGCCACAUUCUCCCUCCCCCAUGCGCUCAGAGAACUAGGAAAUACUGAGCUGCCCCUUUUUAAAGUAAAAAACAAAAGCCAGUACCGUGUGCACUCCCAACCUACUCGCACUCUCAGUCUUAACGCUCCCAACUUCAUCGGCGUGUAUUUCUUUUUUUUUUAAUCUAUUUUGUCCUCUUCUCUUUAAGAAUGGAUUUACAUUCCGCUUUGUUUUGAAGUUGAAUCGAGGAGGACCCACGCGAUCCCCCCGUUUGGAACCUCGUAAAACCGCCACGGGACUGAAGCAUCGCACGUGGAUUUCUGCUUUACAACACUCGUGUUUCAAAUCUUAAGCAAUAUGCUGCGUUUUCAUUAUUGUGCUCACUCGAUUCCUCCCUCUGAACUCUAUUGUUCCUUCUUUGCUUUUCUACUCUCGACCUGUUGGAUUGUAUGUUGCCAGGGUUUCAGUGGUUUGUGCUUUGUCUGAAAAACGAAAGGAGUUCUAAGUAAUCACAGCAUUCCUUGCUAUGUUUAUUUAGCUGCAACCGAGAGUAAAUAGAACUCGAUUAAAAAUCAGGGUUUCCCAUUGUGUGCCACUUGGUAUAUUUUGUAUAUCAACGCUGUAAUUUCCUACGUGACUGUCAUAAUGACCAGCUUGGCCACAAUGGUCCACAUGUCCGUAUCUCAGUUUCAGAGAAAUAUUAAAAAUGAGUUUAUUAAUGUCUACAUACAUGCUCACAGUUAAGCCUUUAUUGGAUUUGACAGGAAUUUAUUCCUGGUGGUCGGGGGGUUUUCUUUGGAGUGCUCUGGUUUAUCUCUACUCUUUUAAAAUGCUGAUGUACAAAUGUGUGACUGUGCACAAACGGACACAACACAGGCCUUAUACAGACAAUCAAGGAGAAUGAAGCUCAGACCCUUCACGGCACGUUGGGCUCCACGUCUGACUCCACUGUUGCCCCCGUAGGCUCAGCCCUGCGUCACAUUUGUGCCAGAAUGAAUCUGUAUUGGCGUCAGGCCGGUGCAGAAACGCUGAGAUAACGGCAACGUCCGCGUAGGGGCAGCUACCAACGCAGUCACGGUGGGGAAACACCUUCCAGCCAUGCUGAACACCCUAACAACGCGACAGAGCACGUGAGAUGAGGUUUAAUGCAUUGCACUUUGAUGCUGCUGUGGGUCUUUGUGGGCUUUAGCUUUUCCGACUUGAAAAUGAGAAAAAAAGACGGUUUCAUUAUUUUUUUUUUCUGGAUAAAAAAGCCAAACUGGAGCAAUUUAGAUUAAUUAGGAAUCACAUGUGAAUUUCCAACAAUAGGUGAUGUUUUUUGGGUGGGUAUAAUUUAAUAGUAUGCUCAUUUCUGCUGUCCACCAUUCUACUUUCAGGUGGAGUCAACUGUCUCCAGCUAAACUUGAAUUUUUCUAAUAUGACCCAAUAUUAGCUGUGACAGCCACUACAAUCUAAAAAACUUUUUUAAAAAACGUGCUUUGUUUGUUUGUCAGACGCAUCACCACCCUAAAGCACAACCCAGGUCGGUUUAUCCACAGUGUAGACGCACUCUCGCCCUUGAACAGCAGUGGACCGUGUGGCCGAAGGUGCGUCCACAUGUAUGUGUUUUAGGCAAACGAGAUGUUUUUUUUUAAUGGCGGCGCAGGACGCGCUCUGCUAAUUGGCAGGCUUUUCUGCCUGCGACAAAGAGAGGCCCAGCUUAUGGCGAGCCAGAUCACAACAAACCCCAAAGCCCGUGAAUGAUGUCAGCCUCCUCAGAAGCACAGCAAAUGGUGCAUUCAUUCAGAGGAUGGAAGAAACUAUCAAAUCGGCGAUUGUAAAAAAAAGGAGGAAAAAUGUACAAAAAGCUUCCUUAAUCAGUGUGGGUCCAUAUGGUAUAUGUUUAGCAAUGUGUCAGGAGCAGGAGUCUGCAGCCAUGACCCCCUCUCUCUCAGCUCAUGGGCCUUAUUUCUGGAGCUCGCAGUUCAAACUUGAACUUAUAUUACUCAGCCUGAAAACCGGCUAAUUUUUUUUUUUUUUAA